AGUAUAAAGCAGCCAACAUGUGGUUCUGGGCUCAGUGUCAGCGCUCACCCUGUGUGUCUCCAGCAUGAAGCUUUAUCCUCAAUCCAUCUGCCAGCUUGCUCUCCUGAGCCUCUGCUGUGUACUGAUCACAGUGCGAGAAUCCUACAGCACGUUUGUGCCGGGUAGAUGUUUGUGUCCGGAGAAACAACUUGGUGUCAGAGGACGACUGAAGGACCUCAGAGUGUUACCAAAAAGCUCCGCUUGCAAUAAUGUCACAGUCAUAGUCACCCUGCAAAGAAACAAUGCACCAGUGUGCCUGGAUCCAGAAGGACCAAUGGCCAAACAGCUGAUUCGCUGCUGGGAAAGAGUUCAAAAGCUGGGUCGUGAUGUAAAGUUGUGUCUAAAAAGAAAGCGAGUGAGAGGUGGUCAACGAAAACGGACCCGACAGAGGAGAAGAGGCCACAACAGGAAAGCCUCAUCCCAAGACUCCCAGUAACUGAGGGAACUAACAAAUUACACAAGUAUGCAGAGAGGAGGAGUGUGUCCAGGCAAGAAACUACUGUAAUGCCAACUGCGUCUUUUCUCUCUAUAAAUGUCAGAACAUGCAGACAUUAAAUUGUUGUUUAAGCUGUAAACCAAACGCUCAUUAUUUCAAUCUAAAUGACUAAAUGUACUGAAACAGCCCUGGAGGCUCAUUAAUGUUGACAGCAUUUGCCGUAAAUUGCUGUAAAAGGGUCAGUCUAUUUCUUUACACGUGGUUCUGUACACGCAGCUGGGAAGGCCACCUUGAGAUCUUGUGUUUUAUAUUUAUAUGACUGUUUAUAUGACUGAUUUUUCAUACAAUUUUGUAAUAAAUAUCAAAAUAUACCA